GUGGGGCCCAUUAAGAGCGUCAUUCUGUGGCGUCAGUUAUCCAGACGCAUUACCACGAUGAUCAGUCGAAAAUACCAAAUUUAAGUUGUCUUUGAGGUCUAAUUGGGUGGGAAGGAGAAAAAUGGAAGAUCUCUUAUUGAAUAUAAUCAAGGAAUGUACCGGAAGCAAGUUAACGCAGAUAAAAAAUUCUGCGCAGGAGGCAUAUGAUUUAUUAUGCUCUCAACACAAUUUAUUAAGAAGCCCAUCUCACGAAUUACGAACAGCUUGUUUUGUUCCUCUCAAAUUAUCUUUGGAAAGUAAGAAAAGUAAGCUUAUAUCAUUGGCUGUGACAGGAUUAAAUAAAAUCGUUCGAGAUGAACGUUUCCAAUCCGGGAGCGAACCGGAAGAUGAUUCCCUUUGGUUACCGGCCCAACUCCUCCAUGCAACAGCUUCGAUUUUAUCACAAUGUGAAGAUACCCAAGUUCAAAUACUUCGGGUGGUGUUGUCAUUAGCUUGUAGUGCUAGUUGGGCUUUGAACGGUCGAUUGGUUAUGCUUUUAAUCAGUAGGUGUGGGGAAACGUAUGAAAAUGGGACUCAAGCGGUUCGAGCUGCUGCCCAAGCGGCCGCAAGCCAAACAUUAACAGCUUUUUGUUCAUUUUUGGAUGAGGAAUGCCAAGAAAUCCUACAACAACAACAGAAACAUAAAAACAGUGGGAGUAGUGCUGAAAUGGUUUAUAAUAAAACAUCAGCUGUUGCUUGUUUUAACGAGGCCAUUCCUGUGAUGCAAUACGUUUGCAGUAGAUUAGAAGAAACUAAAUCGGUACCAAAAUCUAAUGACACGACGGUCUUCCUUCUCGAAUGCCUUCUUACUUUAGUAAACACUUUGCCUCAAACGGUACAUUCCAACACACAUUUCACGACUUUCUUAUGGCAACGUUUUUGCCCGGCUCUUUUGGCUUUAUUGGGAGCCCCCGGUGAUCCAACAACGCAAUCUUUAACCAAUAGUCAAGCGAAGAUCGUGUACAGCAUAGGAAUCCAAGUGGUACGAUUAGUUGGAAGAGAACGUGCGUUAAGACCCGUUUUGGAAGCGUUGUUCCAUCGAAUGCUUCUCCUUCCAAAUCCGAUAAAGCGAUUAGAACCACUUCGAGCAGCCAAAGAACUUUUGCGCUCCCCGGCUCGCUUAGCCGAUUUGUUAUUGCUUUCGGGACCAAUUCAUAGACACGCCGGUGAUGAUAUGGCUAUUAUUAGAUUGAUGGUUGAUUCAAUCGAGGAGUCGGCACAAUGUAAUGAGCCGAAUAUUGUUUUGGCGAGUGUUGAGUGUGUUGGGGCGCUUUUAGGGAGUUUAGAGGCGCUUUGUCGCGGUGAAGGCUUAAAUUUAGACGACUCCGAAGUGACAGAGCAAAGAUAUCCAACUUUGGAGCAAGCCGAUUAUACAGGACCUUUAACGUACCAAUCUUUAGCGAGGUUACCUAAACCCUACAGGGAUGUAGUGGCUAAUUUAAAAUAUCAAAGUGAUUCUGAUAGCAGUGGUAUUGAUGGUGGGGCUCAAAUAGAUGAGCAAACUGAUAGUGAGUGUUCCGGGGCCACCGAAGGACCCGAAGAAUACGGGAGCCAAUCCGAUGAUAGCAUAAUGGACGAUGAAAGCUUUUUAACCAACCAACAACUACAAAAAUUGCAUAAUUUACCUAAAUCGUUGAAUUUAGGCCGAGCUGGAAUCAACGAAUGCAACACAGACGUUGAACGUCACAAUGCAAGACACUUUGUUAAAACGUUACAAAACAUUUUACUUCCAAAUUUAUUAAGUUUAAGGUCUUCGAUACAAAUCGAUGACGUUUUACAGGAAUUCGCCUCGAAAUGUUGUCAACACAACUCCGCACAAAACUAUGAAAUAACCACAAUCAUGAACGCUGACGGGAUUUAUUUAGCUACUUAUUCAGCUUUGUUAUUAAAUUUAAAACUGAUUCAAUCAGGGCAUUACAACGAACAAGCCAAAGAAUCAAUCACUUUAAUGACAGAGACCCAAUUCGUGGAUGAAAUUCAUGGAAGUGGGGUUUUAGUUUAUGUUUCAGCGACGUGGUUAUGCGAGUUAUACCAAAAUGUUUUAGCUAAAUCUUUGCUUGAAAUAGCGGGGUAUAACCCAAAAGUUUCACCUCAACCGGCUUUAAUUAAUUUAUUAACAGAUGUUGGCGGGUUAUGCCCAUCUCAACUGUUAACCGAUUGGCAAAAACUCCAAAAAGUCCACGGUCAUCAAGAAAAUUCCCCCGAAGUCGAAGCCGGAGUAAAACUUUCCCGCAGAGUUUUAACGUGUUGUUGGGGAUCCGUCGUUUCCGUGUUAGGAAGCGUCGUCGAAACAUCCCACAUAACCGGAACUUCAUCGGCUAUCACACGAUUAGUCGCACGGAGAUCACGCCAAAAAUAUCGACAAAGACUUCGUGAUGAUAUCAUAACCGCCAGCUUGGAAGGUCUGCAUAAAGCAGCGAGUUUAAGUAACAUUUUAAAGUUACAAUCGAGAAGUGGGAGUAUUUUGGCGUUAUUAUCGGCUUCUUCGUGUAAAAAUCAAAGCAACGGGGCUAAACUGCCUGCUUCGCACGCUUUAUCAUUAGAUGUUUUGUUAUCUAAAGGGUUAGCUUUAGGGUCGCAUAGUUCUGAAUGUUGGCAACACGUUUUUAGCGCCUCCGUAAGUGUUGCCAAUUUAGAACAUGCCCUUUUCAGCAAAACGGGGUCCGCUCAACUCCUUAUGGUCGCCCAAAAUACCCAAAACAACAUCGUUACAUCAACAACUUGCACCAAUACGAUUGACCGAUUAAAUUUAAGCUUUAAUCCUAACGUCCAAGAAGAAGAAACUUGCGUUGACGUUUAUAGUUUCUUACAAAACACUUCAUCUUAUUCAAAUUCAAAUAAUUCAGCACAAGGAGAUGCUACAGUAUCGGAAAUCGUUGAUAAAAGCGGAGUUUUAAAUAGUCAAGGGAAAGGAAUUUUGCAUGGAGUUCAUGCCGCUAAAGUUUGUUGUGUUUUAUCCUCGAAAGCGGAUGAAUUGUUUCAUUCGGCUGCUUUGAAACUUGCUCUUCCUGGGUUGUGUAGUUUUUUAACUGAGUUGUGUAAAUCAUCACAUUCACAGUUAUUUACGCGUUGUGAAGAAAUUCCACGAAAACAAUCAAAAUGGUGGAAAAAGCAGUUAGAAACGAACCAAAAACCACCAACUACAUUACUUUUACAUCGAAUUGGAGAAGUAACUUUAAAAUGUAUCCGUUCUGGACGACCAUUAAUUCAUAUAAUGAAAGUUUGGUCGAUUGUUGGUCCCCAUUUUAUGCAAGCGGCUUGUCAUAAAGACCGAGAUGUUUCGAAAAAAGCGGUUCAAUGCAUUCACGACACCGUAACGGCUUUGUUGAGUGAACAAACGGAAUUGGCGCAUUUCCAUUUUAACGAAGCCCUGUUUAAGCCGUUUGAAAAUUUGCUUUGUCUUGAAUUAUGUGACGUCGACGUUCAAGAUCAAAUUGUUUCUUGUUUAUGCGAGUUCGUCGAGGCGAAUCGUACGGAGAUAUGUUCAGGAUGGAGGCCGUUGUUUGGUACGUUGCGAGUUGCGAAUAGCAAAAAUAACGCGACUGCGAUUUUGGACGUUUUUAAAAUAUUUUUACAAACCGAUAAUACUUUGGUGUUUGCAAACGCCGCUUUGGAUUAUAUAUUAUGUUUGUUAUCGCACGUUCGAGGAGGGAUUAUCGAGGAGAAAGACUCGGAAGGUGUUGAUUUAUGCAUAGAGUGUUUGAAAUUGUUACAAAAUUGCGCUGCUAUUUUAUCGAUGAUGUAUAACAUGCCAAAAUGCCCAACUUUUAAUAUUUCGCAUCGAGUUAACGUGGAGAGUGAGCCCCAGUUAGUCGAUCCGAUCCCUCAAAAUAACGAGAUUAACAAUUUUAAUCAAGAAAAUUUUGAACAAUUGUCUUAUAAAAUAUUAGGGAUGAAAUCGGACGUGGAAAAUUGCGAAACUUUAUCGAAAAUGGAUCGACAAAAUUCUUGUUUGAAGGUGUGGUACGUUUUGUUGGAAGGGUUAUCUUCGGCUACUGUAAUUUCACCAAAUAAGAGUCAACCGUUUAUUGUAGAUACUUUGUUUAAAUUGUUAAGAGAUUUGAUUGUAAAUCCUGGGGUUAAUUUCGGGUUAUAUUCUAUUAAUCACCUUUUAUUACCAACCGUGCAAAAUUGGUUGAGACAAAACACAAAGUUACAAAAAACUUACGACGUUUGGCACAAUUUCAAGCAUUGUUGUGGGUUAUCGAGUGAAUUAGUCGUCGAUUAUUUGAGCCAUUUGCAGGGAAAUAACGAUAAAUACAAUGAUUUAAACAUUUUAAACCUAGAAAAGCAGCAAAAACAAGAAAACCCGGGGAUUACGUUGGCGUUAAAACAACUUAUUAUUAUUCUAAUUGAAUGUAUAGCUCAGCCGAAUGAAAAUAUCGCCCGGCUGGGUACCUCUUGUAUCAGACAUAUCAUUUUGAGUGUGGGCCAAAUCUUAACGGUGCAUCAAUGGGAGAUAAUCGCAACGGGGAUGCAUAGGGCUUGUACGAUUAGUUUGAACCCAUUGCAUCAAUUAACAUUGGCGUUUAAACAAAACUCAGAUAGCUUUUAUGGCGAUAUGGCCACAGUGAAGGUUGCCGCAAGAAAAGAUAGCACAAUCCCCGAAAAUGAGCGACUCUACGAGUUAGCCCAACAAGUUUUUUUGAUGCAAACCCAAAGAAAUUGUAAUAAAUGCACCGGGAAAUUAUGCGAGUGCGAUUUAAGCAUAACAAUCGAUGACAGGAGUUACGUUUUCUUAUUGUACCCCUUAGAUAUGACUUCGGUGUUAAACCCCGAUUUAUACACGGUUCGUGUACCGUUUAGAAACUUGGUUGUGGGGAUUUUAGCGCACCAAAUGUUGAUACAAACCAUUUCAAGCGCUUUGUUACAAAAUUUAAACCACGUCACCCCCAUUUUAAACAUUCUCCAAAUCCAUUCGUGCAGCUUAAGAGGCAUUUUAAAACACGUCAACGCUAAACACGUUAACAUCCUAUUAAAAUGCUUGGAAAUAUCGAAUAUUCGUGCGAAAGAAUUCGAUUUGCGCCCGGGAUUAAAAUUCUUAACCCAAAAAGUGGGCAACCUAAACAAAUCGGCUAACCUCUACACGCAAGCGAACACUUCGGAAGUUGUCCAAAUAAUCGUUUUAAUCGAAUUAUGCUUAGACGGGAUCCAAAAGUACAAUAUAACCCCGAAAGAUUUAAAAGAAUUAUUAGGGAAAGAAGACAAAGAGAAACACCAAACCGAUUUAGAUUACAUCGAAUCGUUUUUAAGAACGCUCCGGUUUAAAUGGGAGUAUUUGUGCGAAUCUUACAUCAAUUUAACGAUUAAUAUCCCGGUUGAUGACGACCUUCAAAGCUUGGAUGAUUUAUCCGAAAAGGAAAGCGAAAAAGAAACUAAUCCAACUUUGAAAAGGACCGAAAGUCUGUGUUCAACUGAUUCGGAGAGCUAUUUAGAAAAGGGGAUUUUAUCCGAUAACCCGAAAGACGAUAAAGAUUCGAUUAAAUCGAGCAAAAACGAUCUUAACUCCACCGAUGACGAAACCAACGAAUUAGCGGCGAAAUUCAACAAAAAAACUAAAUACACGCCACUCCCAAAUUCCAUUAAGUACGACACCAACACUUUAUUACAAAUGAAAGCAACCCUCUCCACGGAAAGCAUCAUAUCGAUCACUAAAAACAAAGAAAAAUCCGAUAAAGAAACCGCGGAUAAAAUCGAGCAAAUGUUGGAGCAAUACCGCCAAAGAAAAACGAUUAAUUUUAACCCCCCAACUCAACGAAUCAAUCCUUUCGUAAAUUCGUUACCGCCCCAACAACCGAUUCCAUCGGAGAUCCAACAACAACGCGCUUUAAGCAUCUUUAAGGACGCCGAUGCUUAUAAAAUAACAAGAAUUGAAACUAUGGAAGCUUGCUUGGAAUUAUUGGGGAGUUUAAGCUCCGAUCGUUUAUCCCCUUUAGCCGUCGUGCUUAAAGACGGGGGUGUCAUGCUAAUUAACGCUCAAGACGACAAAAUUAAAAUUGCCGCUGAAAAAUUGCUUCAAAGAAUGAACAUUUCUUACGUUGAUGAUUUUUAAUUGAAUGACUUUUACUCGUUCCUAUAAACGUUGUAAUCGUUUUGCUCACUAAAACAAUAAUAUCUCUAUUUAAAGAAACAUGAUUACGAAUGUAUUGUUGUUUAAGCUUACCCGAUGGUUGUGCUUUUCCCGUAAACUUAAAAUUUGAUUUAUUAUUGAGCACACUAUGAAAUAGAUUCUAAUAAUGAAUGUAAUUGAAACAAAUCCCAUCGAUGUGACUAUUUCAGGUUAAAACAAAUCAUUUUUAUUAAUUUUAAGCGUAUAAUUGUAAUCUUCGUUAAUGUUAGCCACCGUAGCGUCCAUAGAAUAGAAAUGAACCGAAAAUGUCCAAUAUCACAAUAAUUACUGUAUAAUAAUAACAUUUAUUUUCUCUAAAUGUCUUUAUCAAGAGAUUUAUUUUAUUAUUUGUAUUUUAUUGGAGAAUAAUGUAAUAAUAUGUAUACGUGAUCAAUAAAGGCAGAAUAUAUUUAAA